AUGCAAAAGAUCAGCGAGCUUUUUAGGUACAAUGUAACACAGUUUUUGAUGGAUGCAGUGCCGCGUUUCUCAAAAUCGAGUGAUAAAGCAGUACGCCGUGCUCUGACCCAAAAAGCGGGCGUUGUCGCAAUAUGUAUAUCUGCAUUAGCAGUUUGCAUUCUGCUUCCACUUUGGAACUACUUAGCCUUAAAACGUUGGGCUUUCAAGUUAAGACACUACCUCAGACACGACGUGCUGCGUAAAUUACACUGGUUUCGUGGCUCCCGAGUUUUCCAUAGUCAGUCUUUCAGAAUAUGUCUCUUCUGGUUUCUCCUGUCCUCGAUAUGUUCCCUGGCUGGGGCUAGAGGUGACCUCAUCCAAAUUACGAAAAGACUGGGCAGAGUAGCAGUUGCUUUGAUGCCGCCUCUGCUAUUCCUCACUUUACGACCCUCUCCCUUGCCCCAUACCUUAUAUUUAUCACUGCUUCCGAUUCACAAAUGGAUUUCGAGAAUCGUGGUCCUCUUAUCCACUCUGCAUACCCUGCUUUAUUCCUGGUAUUUCGUCAGGCAUAAGACAUUUUUUGCCAAGAUCAGCAAGCCUGCCAAUCUCUGGGGCGCUAUAGCACUUUUACUAUUUGCAUUUAUUGCCGUCUCCUCUUUGUCACAAAUUCGCAGGUUCAAUUUCCAGCUGUUCUAUUACACGCAUUACUUGGCCACAUGGAUGACCGUUUUCCUAAUUCAUUUCCACGCAAGGCCGCCUGUUCCUUAUUACACUGCAAUGAGUUGUUCCCUACUGGUUGGCCAAAUUGCUUACAGGGUUUUUCGCACUACUAAAGUGCUGGUUUGCGUGAAUCAAAUUUCUCCUAACUUGGUCCUGGUCGAUUUCCCCAUGUCUAAGCUUGCCAAAAGGCCUACCAUGCCCUCGGCGCAUAUUCGGAUGGCACCAUAUCAUAGGUUUUCGCCAUUAAGAAGAAUUCUACAACAAUGCGCUCCGCUUCAGCACCCUUAUACCAUUGCCAGUCUUCCAAAUGAUGAUAACGUGAAACUCAUAGUGCGCAGUGGAAAGUUCAAGCUUCGCAAUAAUUCUCAAUAUCUUCUUACCGGCCCUUUUGAGCCUAAGCUGGACUUUUUAUCCAAGAGCAAAAGGGUUCAGCUCACAGCUAACAACUUUCCGUUCCAAAAUCAAAGUCCUGCACUUUUAGCUUCGCCACUCCAUUACAAUAUCGAUGCUCGAAGGGCUCUGAUCAUCACUGGAGGAAGUGCUAUAUCAUUUGGAUUGCCAUUAUUAAGGAUUUUAAAUUUCAAUGGUGUAACAGUACGUCUGAAAUGGGUCACAAGGGACUACCGCGACCUGAGGUUGCUCAACCACUUUAAAAACAACUUUGAAGGCCUUGAAAUUUACAUUACGGGGGACGAAACUGAUGAGCAAGAUUUGCGUAUCGACUAUGUUGAUUUCAAUGACGAACCAUCCGAUACCUCUGACUCUUCGAGCCAAACAAAAAGUGGAUCCCAGCAAUCUGAUCAAGUAUCUUCCCCUUCAAAUAAUUAUGGUACUUUCAGAUCAACUGGUUCAUCGGACGCAAGCAUAAUGCAAAACCAGGGACGAAGCAAUCAAGAAGAUGAAAUUGAUUUUACUCAAAUGUUUAGCGCCCGGAGCACUAAAACCAAGAAUACGCAAUCGACGAGAUCGGCAUCGACCCAAUUUCACAAGGAAGAUGCCUUUCGUAAACCUUCCAUCGUUGUGCCGCCCCCCAGCCAGAGUGAUAGUAGUCAGGAUGCAAAUGAAGCUUCUUUAAAAAGUCUCAAAAUACCUGCCGGUGUUAAAGUGUAUUUUGGUCGCCCGAAUUUGACUAAUCACGAUUACCAGUGGUGUUUGGAAAGGGAGUGCAUAGGCCCCUCUGACACAAAUGACUGCUGUCAACCAAGUGAAUCAAAAGCACACGUUGACGAUUUGUGCCGCGUUAGGGUGAUCGCUGCGGGUCCUUCUCAAUUAGUCGAGAACACAAAAAGAUGGGCCAAUGAUGGAGGGCUACAUUUUCACGAGGAAAGCUUUACACUAUAA